AAGAGGAGAGGAAAAGUUCAGAUCAGACAAAUGAUAAUAAUUAGACAGAUGAUUAUUUUCAAUGCAAACACAAACCCAGCCAUGCUUGAAACAGAAGCAGAGCAUUCAGCCUUAUGUGACUGCUGGUUUGAGUGCCAUCAAGCGUGUCCCAUGAACAUUUAGCCCUUGGAAUGACUCCCUCCAGAGCAGGGGCAAUGAGGCAUUGCAGAGCUGCGGCCUGCGUCUGCGUGUUCCCUUUCCACAUGGAUAACAGACCCGAGUGCAGUGAUGCUCUGUGCGGGAUCAGGAGAGGGACUGCAGAGCCUGAACGGGGAGAUGCUCUUCUUCAAACGGGGAGAUGCUCUUCUUCAAACGGGGAGAUGCUCUUCUUCAAACGGGGAGAUGCUCUUCUUCAUCUGAGCCAGCACUGGAUACAGGACUGGGUCCAAGCGAUAACAACCACGGAGUUCCUGCUGUAGUGAUGCUGAAGCGUGGGGAGAGGGGUCCUGCACAGCGGAACCAGCGCAGGUGCUUUGAUGCUGCAGCCGUUUCCAGCGGCUCGGAGAUGGAGCCAACGGGACGUUUACAUGGCCGGGGCUGUUUCUGCGUCCGGGAUGCCCCGGAGCCUGGGGCAGCCUCGGCGAGCUGUUUGUGUGACCGAGCAGGUCCGGGCGGCCACGUUCCCUCCCGCUCCGGGAGAGAACAGCACUGACCGAGCGGGACGCGUGGCAGAGCCGGGAACACACCGGCAGUGCCCACAGGCGGGCGGGCUGAGCGGCGGUAGCUGCCGGUGCUCAUCCCCACGGCCUCUGCGCAACUUGCGCCGCCGCCAGCGCAGCCCGGGGGUGCCGGGACACAGCGGCCAAAGCGCAAACACAGCCCGGGCUCCGGGAGCCGCUGCCGGGGGGAUCCGGGAGCCGCUGCCGAGGGGAUCCGGGAGCCGCCGCCGAGGGGAUCCGGGAGCCGCCGCCGGGGGGAUCCGGGAGCCGCCGCCGGGGGGAUCCGGGAGCCGCUGCCGGGGGGAUCCGGGAGCCGCUGCCGAGGGGAUCCGGGAGCCGCUGCCGAGGGGAUCCGGGAGCCGCCGCCGGGGGGAUCCGGGAGCCGCUGCCGGGGGGAUCCGGGAGCCGCCGCCGAGGGGAUCCGGGAGCCGCCGCCGGGGGGAUCCGGGAGCCGCUGCCGAGGGGAUCCCGCCCUGCGGGGUCCGGGCCGCGCUGCCCGAAAUGGCCGCCAGGGGCCGCCAGAGACCGCGCGCCGAGCGGGUCCCGCCUCAGGCGGCGGCGGAGCUGAGGGGCUGCGGGUCCCCUCAGGGCGCGGCCGGGGCGGCGGGACCCGCUCGUGGAUCGGAGCCGUCACGGCCCUCAGGGCCUCUCGUUAACCCCGAGAUCAAAAUGGUUCCCAUCAGCCGCUCCGGAUCUCAUUCCUGCUACUCCGCAGCAGCAGCAGCAGCAGCAGCAGCAGCCCUGCGCCGGACAGGCAGUCCCGCUCCCUCCCGGGCGCCCCAGCCGCGGCCCCGGAGCAGAACACGGGAACUUUCGGAGCUGGAAAGGGCGGUUUUGUCUGCAUCCAGCGGCAGGUCGGGAGCCGCCGCUCCAGGCAGCCCCGGGCCCGGAUCUGUGCGCUCCMGGUAGCGAGGACUGGCCGGUCUGGCCGCUCCCAGCACAGUCAGUCUGUGACAGCUGGGAAAGCAAUGGAUGGCACAGAUGGAACGCCAGCUGACACUCACCAGACAGUCUGUUUCCAAAGAUGGAGGGAAAUGCCGAUGUGCCCMGUGGAGGAGGAGAGCUGAUCUGAAAUAAGCGAAAGACCUUUCAAAGAAACRUUUUUGGAGUAACAUACGCUAACUUCCUGAGCAGUGUGGGACAGGGUGAUUCUACCCGUUCUAAGGAUUGUAACUGCCUCAAGAUAUGUGAGAACAAUCAGGAGGGUCGGGGGAUGUUUCAUCCUUCAAGAUGUUUUCUGCUGAGGCCGUGCUACAUCAGUGAAACGUGACCUCUUCUUCAUACAAUUUCUGGUCUCCGGAUCCUUUGCCCAGAGAGGGAGAUGAGCAGCAAGAUAGCAAUAUUUAAAAAAGGCAAAACUGGGAAGGAAAAUCCCUGACAAGACCACAGAACCUUCCAUUUGAAUCAGGUUGCUGGGAACAGCCUGCUGAGUAGUACCAUCCCCAACUCUGGUGCUCUGCAAUCACAGCACUGGAUUGUGAAACAAGGUAGCACAGCACAUACCU